AUGAAGAAUAAGGAAAAGCUGAUUGUUUAUUCAAAUGCCAGUUCGGCGUUUGCGUAUAGUGCAGAAAUAAGGCCAAAUUUCAAGAUAUCGGUGUCUCAAGGCCAAGGUUUUGCUUGGAACCAAGAUCUGUUUGCUACGCAGUAUCAGCAAGCGUACAAAGUCGUUUACGAUGCACACGAGGAUGACCUUAAUGAACUGAUUUCAAAGAUCAGGGGCAAGUUACAAGCUAAAGCUAGGAAAAGAAGUAGAAUUAAUGCUAAGGCUAAAGGAGGCAGGAGUGCAAAGACAAGAAGGGAAGCCGCCGUACUUGAAGAUAGCGAUGAGGGUGAUGAUAGGCAGUAUCAAAGAAUACAAGUUCUUGUAGGCCACGAGUUUCCCAGGGGAAGUCUCUAUAAACCUGUGUGGAGUCAGGACCCUCACUCUGGCGACAACGAUAGUGCAAGUGAAAGCGAAAGUAGCCAUGAUGUAGAUGUUUUUGGCGGCAUGUCGUAUUCAAAGAUGGCUGAGAUGGAUAGACCACGCAGGAAGUCCGAGAGGAGCAUAAGUUUUGUGGAAGAUUCCAAGACGGGGGACUAUAGGUACCACAUAGGCCAAGUGGAUGUGGUGGAGGUGGACUCAGACACACCCGAAAAUAACCAUCUCAAAUGGCUGAUAUCAUGA